UGCUCUUCCGUCGUGCGUCGUGUAUUUUUCUAAUUAAACUGCUUUAUCAUUCGAAAUAAUUCCUCGAAACGCGUCAAAACGACAAUUUAAGCGGUCAUUCGCCGGAAAACCACAAAAUUUCGUGAAAUUAAGUGAAAAAUAGGAGAAAAAAAGCUCCACAAAAGUCGCCAUCGAAGUGAAUGGGCAAAAAGUUGUAAAUAAAUGUUCGUCGUUAUCGUUUUUGUCGCUGAAUAUUCAUGACUUUGUACAAAUUUAAUUCAAAAAGGGUCAAUUAAAUGCGAAAAUCCAUUUAAAUCCACAAGUCAAGUAACUUUUCUACGCGCAUGAUGAUGAAAGACGCAGCGAGAGCUUGACCCGAGGAAGGAACUCUACCGAAGAACGAAAAAAUAGAAAUAAAAACAAGAACAAGAGUGAUAAGGUUGAAAUCAACAACAUGAUGGAUUUCUGCGAAGAAGCCAUGGACUACGGUUUGCAUUCCGACGACUUGUCCUCGUCGAAAGACGACACGACAGACAUGACGGUGUUCAUGCCCAACUACCCAAAAGAUGCCAUUCGUCAGAUGCAAAUGAUGCGUUCCAACCAGUUACUUACCGAUGUGAUAUUAGAAGUAGACCAAGAAUUGUACCAUUGUCACAAAAUCGUGUUAUCGGCAGCAUCGCCGUAUUUUCAAGCGAUGUUCACGGGCGGAUUGCGCGAAUGUGAAAUGAAUCGCGUGAAAUUGCAAGGAGUUUGUCCAGCGGCAAUGUCUCGGAUAAUUUCUUUCAUGUACAGCGGACAAGUUCGUGUCACCGAAGUGGAUGUUUGUCAACUUCUUACGGCUGCAACGAUGUUUCAAGUUGCCAACAUCAUCGAAGCGUGUUGUAAUUUCCUCGAACGACAACUGGAUUCGUCAAAUGCCAUCGGAAUUGCCGAAUUUGCCGAACAACAAGGCUGUGAUGCUUUGAAACAAAAAGCCAACCAAUAUAUCGAACGACAUUUCACGAAAGUUUGUCAAGAGGAGGAAUUUUUGCAGUUAUCUGACGAUUUGUUGGUCAAACUCAUUCGACGCGAUCGUUUAAAUGUUCAGGGCGAAAAGGACGUUUAUAACGCCGUGAUGGCAUGGGUUCGAUAUGACGACCGUCGCAUCUCCAAAUUCGAAAGUAUCUUGUCCUCCGUUCGUUGUCAGUAUCUCGCACCGAAUUUCAUCAAGCAACAAAUGCAAACGUGCGACGUUUUCAACCGCGUGCCAAGUUGUCGCGAAUAUCUCAGGAAAAUUUGUCACGAAAUCACGCAGCAUCGCAAACCGGCAGUUAAGGAACGCACUCCGAACACAACUCGCAUGAUUUUCGUGGCAGGCGGUUAUUUCAAACAUUCCUUGGAUAUUCUGGAGGCAUUUAAUGUCGACGACAAAACGUGGGUGUCGAUGCAAAGUUUGCGUGUUCCUCGUUCUGGAUUGGGCGGAGCCUUUUUGCAAGGGACUUUUUAUGCGGUAGGCGGUAGAAGUAAUACCGCAGCAAGUUCUUAUGACUCGGAUUGGGUUGACAGAUACCAUCCGAUACGCGAAACGUGGAGACCUUGUGCGCCAAUGAGUGUUCCGAGGAAUCGAGUGGGCGUGGCAGUUAUGGAUGAACUACUUUAUGCGCUCGGGGGAUCUGCUGGAUCGGAUUUUCAUGACACUGUGGAGUAUUACGAUCCGCAAGAAGACAGAUGGCAUAUUGUGAAGUCGAUGAACUAUAAAAGAGUUUCUGUGGGCGUGGCGGUUGUUAAUAGACUUUUAUAUGCGAUUGGGGGGUAUGAUGGUUCGGUGAGACUUAAUUCUGCUGAAUGUUAUCAUCCGGAAAAUGAUGAAUGGACCAUAAUUAAUCCGAUGAAGUGUGCGAGAUCGGGAGCAGGCGUAGCUGCGAUCGGGCAAUACAUCUAUGUCGUCGGCGGUUACAACGAAUCACGUCAAUUGAGUUCCGUCGAGCGAUACGACACCGAAAGCGGAACAUGGGAGUUUAUGGCUCCAUUACGUGUUGCUCGAAGUGCCUUAUCUCUCACAGCACUCGACGGCAAAUUAUGGGCAAUGGGCGGUUUUGAUGGCGCAAAUUUCCUCACGACAGUCGAAGUUUACGAUCCCGCGACGAAUGUUUGGACUGAUGGAGUUCCCUUAACUUCAGGACGUUCGGGGCAUGCAGCUGCUGUCAUUUAUACGCCGUCGAACAUCACAGGAACGGAUUUCAAUGACACUCUCAUAGAACGCGGCGGCAAUCCUUCAGCAGGAAGAGACUCAGAUAACGGCAAAUCGCACGAUUCAAGUCGAAAUCAUCACACGGGAAUCUUCAAUUCGGGCGGAUUUUUCGGAAGCGGAGGUCCCUGUGGGAGUUCGUCGAGCGCCAGAGACGAAAUCGACGCCAUGCAACACGAAAACGGAGAAAAUCUAGUCAAUCAAGUGAAACAAGAAGCAUCCCCGGCACGAAGAAAAGCUUUGCGACAAGAAAUAGUGCGACAGAGAUUCAAACAAAAUCUUUCGGCGAGACAAAACGAACAUCACUUUGAACUGCCAUACAACAUAGACAUUGAUCUGUUAGACUUUAGAAAUAGAAUUUACUACUGCAGGCGAUGCGAAGGCAAUAAUUGCCCUUCGGAACCGGCAACGACGGCGACAAUCAUUCAAAAGGGCGGCGGCGGAAAACACACGUGCCCCGGAGCAAUUCUAAAAAGGGCGGUUUUGAAAUUUUUAACUAAUUUUACGUCAUCCGAUCACAAACGAAGUAGUAGUUGUAACAAUAAUCGACCAUGCAAAAGACUGUAAAAAUUAUUUGGUCAGGAACAAACUUUUUUUUAACUUGCUAUAGUACCAAUGAUAGCGUUAGAUAAAUAAUUAAAAUUAAUAUUUUUAGUUCAGAAGACAGAAAUUUCUUAGCAUAAUCAUUCCCGUUGUAUUAUAUAAAGUUAAUUUUUAAGCAAAGAGCUAAUUAUUUAUUUUCCUGUUAAAUAUUUGUAAAUAAAAAGGACCAUAGCAACCGUGAAA